UGAGCUGAUGGAGAUGAAGGAGCGCUGACAGACUGCAGCCACACCUCCUCCUCAUCCUCCUCCUCCUCUCCUCCAGUGCUGCUGUCUGAGCCGACAGCCUCACGGCCCCGUCCUCGCUCCAGACCCGGGGACCAGUCUGCGGGUCGGAGCCGAGGAGCUCCAGAACCAGGCUCGAGGGGGCGGGAGACGCUGUGUGGAGAUGCUUUCCAGCAGAGACGUGGACGGAACCACCAGUCACAGCAACGGCGUCUGCGACGUGACCGCGGCCUCCGCCAAAGUCAAGGAGGAGCGGAAGACGAAGAACGUGAUCCGAGGCUGGAAGCGGGACAAGGACAGAGAGAGGGACGCCGUUGCCCGCGCACGGAAGGAGAAGCCCGGCGAUGGCUCGUCUCCUCCUCCGACCCCUGUCUUCCUCUCCUCCUCCGCCCCGCCUGAGCAGCAUCUCUGCCGCGACGCGCACUGCCGCUGCUGCGUCGCUCCGGACUCCGGCAUCAUGGGCGACGGAACAGCCGAAGCGCUGGAUUGUUCGGUGAAGAACGGCGGUGGUGUCGUGGUGAGGCGGCAGCAGGACGACACACCGAGCGCCAAGAAGCAGCGCGGAGCGGAGAGGCUGGAUUCCAUGUUCACUGUUCCAGCACCCCCCACUCCAGCCCAACCUGGAGUCCCCUCCCCUGCACCUCAGUCUUUCUCCCCGCCAACGCAUCCUACCUCCAACUCCAAGCAGCUCGCAGUAAGGACCAGGUCCGUCGGCACAAAUACCCAAGAGGGUGGCGUUGUUGGGGGACUAGAGGGCAACUGCUUUGGACCCUGUCAGCCUGGAACAAGCGUCAACCUGGAGGGAAUCGUUUGGCACGAGACGGAAGAAGGUGUGCUGGUGGUGAACGUGACCUGGAGGAAGAGGACCUACGUGGGAACUCUGCUCGACUGCACCAAGCACGACUGGGCUCCACCCAGGUUUUGCGAGUCUCCAUCCAGUGACUCGGAGAUGCCAGGUGGAAGGGGCCGUGGGAAACGGAUGCGGCUGAAUAUGACGGAGCGUUCCUGCAUUGAUCCGAGUCCAUCCACCAAAAUCAGGGGUCUGUCGCAGCACAGGAGUCGCGGAGGGGGCGUCGCCGGAACCGCAGCGUCCAUACACAGCAAGGGUCGGCGAGGGAGCCUGAAGCUAAUCAACAGCACCUGCCGAACUCCUCCGUUCUUCACCGUGGACGAGGUGAAACCUGCCAACGGAGCUUCUUCCCUCUCUGGUAAGAGAAAGAACAAACUGCCCGGGGACCUGGACCUCACCCUGGUCUCCUCCAGCAACAUUAAAAACGGCAAUGGGAAAAGGAUCAGAGCCAAAUCCAGAAGCGCUCCAUCGACGCCACAGGGCAAAUCCGACCCCUCAUUCAUGGACCCGGGUGUAGGUUGUGCUUCCUCACCUCCUCCCCCGCCCAUCCUCAUUGACUGUCCCCACCCUAAUUGCACUAAACGCUAUAAGCACAUCAACGGACUGCGCUACCACCAAACCCAUGCACACUUGGAAGUCGAGGGGCAGAGGAAGCCGGAUCUGGAGCCCAUGAAGGACUGCGAGAGCGAGGAGCGACUCUCGGACUGUGACGACACCAUCAGCAACAUGUCAUUUGACCUCUCUGACACAAACAGCACGAGUAGCAGCAAGAAGCCAGCUCCUUUGUACAAGGUGACGACAGUGGGGUCACCGAAGAACCGACGGCUACUCCUCAGCACUGACCACAGUCCCACGUCAAACUCAAAAACCAGAAGAACCUCACUGAUCAAAGAUGGGCUGAUUGAUGACUUGAGCAACCUGCCAAUCAUCUCAAACAUGACGGUAGUGCUAGAAAACUGCAUGGUACCCGACCGCAACACCAUGGUGGAGAUGCCCAAGCUCGAGGCUGAGGGUUUGAUCGAAAAGAAAGGGGGCCAAACUGACAAAGGCAAAAAGGCAAGCAGCAAAGCAGAGAAGAUGGCAAAGUUAAGGACAAAUCGGCCGAUCGCCCCGGCGCCCGCACCCCCAAAACUGAUUGCCAUUCCCAACGCAGCGUAUCCCGUCGCAAGUGCCGAUUUAAACACGCCACAGCCACCCUCCUCCAUGGCACCAGCGGGCCUUGUCAGCAAAAAUCUUCCCCUUAAACCCAUCAAACCAAAGCUGAACAUCAUCGUGGAGCCGAGCGUGGUCAAAGCCACGCUAGUCAGCUGCUCCAAUGAAACCAGGAAAAAAGAGAAGCGAAGGAUGAAGGAAAAACAGAUGAAGGAUCCCUCACUUCGGACCUCAAACGGUGACGGUGGAGUCAAACUGGAGGAAUGUAGCAACGGAACUAAAAUGGGAAUCAAGGAGAUUUCCGGAAGCCUGCUGAAGGAGCACCUCAGUAAACAGGAUGUUUUGAAUGGACUCACGGAGAGCCAAGAGAGCAGGAUGGCCAGUAUCCGGGCCGAGGCUGACAAAGUCUACACCUUUACCGACAAUGCACCGAGUCCUUCAAUCGGCACGUCGUCUCGGCUUGAUGUCAGUGGUAGCUGUGCGUCAAACUCAGACAGUAAGAACGACAGCCCCGCCUACUCGGAUAUUUCCGAUGCAGGGGAGGAUGGUUUACCGUCAGAGUGUCGCUUGGAUGGGAUUAGAUCCAAAUCUGGCUCCUGUGUUUCUUCAGAGGUGAGUGCAAACCAUGGGAGCGCCGGUAAAACCCCACCCAUCGUUGUCCCGUCCUCAAAAGACGCCCAGUCCCCAUACUACCAUGGCUUUGAGCCUUACUACAUGCAGGGGUACCAGCAGCCGGAGAGGCAGACGUUCCAUAAAAGCCCGUCUCAUGACAGCAAAGGGAAAGAGAGAAAGGAAGACAUGAAGGAGAAUGACAGAUCAUCCCAUGACUUUACAGACUCGAAGAAAGCUGACAGUCCGCCUCAGUCCCAACUCCAGCUGGCCAUGAGUCAGACCCAGACUGCGUUGGCUCAGUCACUGUACUAUGGCCAGUACUCCCGUGGAUUGUACAUGGACCAGAAACUUCUGAUGUCCCCGAAAUGCUGUGACCAGAUUCCCGCUGGAAAGCAGAGGGGGGAAAGAGGGGCGGGUGGAAGAGAUGUUGAUGAGGUUAAACAUGGAGGAGCCAUUCAAGGGAAGGUCCCAGAGGGCACGCGAGGGUGUUGUUCCAAACCGGUCCUGUCCUACGUGGAGCUGAAUGACGGUCGGGAUAGAGGACAGGGUCUGGGGGUCAAGGUGGUCCACGGUGGUAUGGUGGACCAACAGCAGCUUUCGGUGAAAGACUGCGAUGACAUCAAAUCACCUUCCUCGUCUUCGUCUUCGUCCCUCCACAACUCAAACAAACAGACAGAUCUGGACUCAAACGUUUCCUUUUCAAGUUCCUCAGACAGCCCAGCAUGGACUCACCGCCUUGCUCACAGCAAGUACUCUGAGCUACAGAGUCAACACGAGGAGGAGCCCUACGAGGGUGAAGGAGAGAGGGUGAAGGAAUGGGCAGCUGCUCUGGAGCCAACCAAGGUGACCACGUCAGAGCGAGCAGGAGGCUGUGACAGCAAAAAAGCCAGACUCCAUGAUGUGCCGGUCAUUGACACGGAGGAGGAGUCGGACAGACUGGAUGGUCUGGACGAGCAGAGCCAGGAGUCAUUGGAAGGUCUGUCAGAGGAGUCGCAAAGUGCCCGGGCGGCAGUCUCUCCGCCCAUGACGUCACAGCCCUACAUGCAGUACCAGCAUCCCUCCUAUCAGCCCUAUCUGGCCAUGUGUGAGGGCAGCGGGGGAUCCUACCGACGGCUGUCCCCAACACUGAUCCACAAUUACCCAGGUUUCCAUUACCCCCUGUAUGGGAAGACGGCAGGCAGGGAGGAGUCCGAGGUGACCCCCUCCAGCCGCGCAGGGGGAGUCGGCAGCAAGCAGAGCAGCGACUCAUCCUCCUCAGCGACCAUGGAACUGUUGCAGCAGAACCACCAGUUCCACGGGAAAUCACCAGCUCCCGGCGAGAAGGGCUCCCCGGAGGGCGAGCAGGAGAUGGAGCACGAGAGGAAUCACGUGUCGUUCGCCCGGCACCUUCACACGCACCACCACACACACCUGGGCAUGAGCUACAGCCUGAUGCCAGGACAGUACGACAUCUACAAAGGUUUAAGUUCCAGGUCGCUGGUCUCCAGUCAGCAAGUGUCAGGACACUCAUCCACAGAGAGCGAGGGGAAGAAGUAGGGUCAUGUGACGACGGCUCACGUGAGGAGUGGCAGAUUUAUCAGACAUCAAUUCCUUGGUGUUGAAUAAGCUUUGCCUCGCUGAGAGGCCGGAAACAACUCUCAUUUCUUAUGAAUGGCAACUACUUUUUUUUAAACGAACCACUGGAUCUGGAGGAGCGACCUUGAACCUCAGCGAAGGACGAGCGAUCCAGACUUUGUGGUGUUUAUGAAAAAAACGCACAUUUAUCGUAGUGUAUUAUGAUGAUAUGACUGAAUGUACUGAAGAUUACUAACAUUAUCCAAUAGUGUUGAUUGUUUUUGUAAGAACCUCUAUUUGAGCAGAGACGUUAGCAAGCCACAAAGUAUAUAAUUCUUCUUCUUUAUGAUGCUUAUCCGCGUGGUCCUCCUCCCUCCAUCGUGCUGGCGCUUCAUUUGUAGACCUAACUGUACUUGAGCGUGAACUCUGUUGAUUGUAUCGUCUUUCUGUGCCAGUAAACCUUCACGCCGAUGUAGAUAUCCUGUACAGACUCGUGGCCGAGCACCUUCACCCCUUCAUGUCCUUCAUGUCCAUCCCUCUCUCAAACCUGUGCACUGGGAUGCCAGUACACUGGCAGCUGGGCGUCUUUUUCAAACGCAGCUUUAUAUCUUAGAAAGCUCCGGGUGAGACAAAAGUAUUCCUAUUUGAAGCAGGUGUAGCGCUGUUACCAAGCUCCACCCUUAAACAGGCAUCACAUUCCUCGGUUUGAGUCGACAGAUUUGUGCAGCCCGACAACCACUUGAAUGCAACAGCUUGAGGCGAACCUUACCUCUCAUUGAUCUUGUAAUAGAAGGAAUCAUGGCCUGGGAGAUCCUCCACCAUGUUACUGUCCUCAUACUGUCCCCGGACUGGGACCAGGAGCUCCCAGCUGUGGAUUCAUGUGAGGUGCAAAGUGUGGAUGUUUGGCCCCUGUCCAGCUUUCUCAAGUGAAAUCGGAUCUCCUGAAAAUGAGCCGCUUGGUCACACACAGAGCAGAAGUCCUACUACAUCCAACCUGAAUUUGUCAAUCUCCAACACACAAAACCCUCUUUUCCUUUUACACACAGCGACCUAAUCUUCAAGGAACCAAGCCUGUUGAAUGUUCUAGAAUCAGAGAUUUAAACAAAUGCCAAUCAAGUGCCCUUAAAACACGUUGUUCCCUCCUUUGUCUGUUCAAAGUGCAGCGAGGCAAAUCACAAUCGGAUCGGAGCAAACGUGACCGAACAUCAGACGGCAUCGUGAAUUAUUUCAGGGUCGUUGUGAGGAGUGUGAUGUACAUUCCGAUCCAUUCAUUUAACUGUGGUAGAAACGCUUGUGUGUGUGACGGGGACGGUGGAACAUUUAGGGGGAGUUUUGGCGUGGAAAGUGAGGUGCGAGAGCAAGCACCAAAACAGAAGUAGUUCAGUUAGAACAUGAAUGAAGCUGAGCAAAAUUCAAAAGGAUGAAAGUCCCACGCUACCUGAAGUCUCACCUUUGAUCUCUCAGUCAGGGUUUUUGUUUUACUUCAUGAGUGCACACCCUUCGUCCAACAGGGGGCGCUAAACAGAACUGUUUUGGUACCUCCAUACCAUCAAAUAACAUUCUGCCCUUGGUGCUGAUCGUUCACAUGAACUUAACCCAUCCAGCGUUGAACCUCAGCAGCACGCUACACUUUUUUCCAUCCACAUUGUCGAACUUCAACGAACCUGUGUUGUUAAACUGCCGAUCUUCUGAGCAUCCAUCGAUCAACGUGCUGUUUGUUUGAUCCGAUCCCCUCUGGAGCGGCUCGGCCUUACGCCCCUGACCUCACCGGCAUCGUCUCUACUUGAAAAUAUUGUUGAAGAUGAACUUUGUUUACACAGUUUGCUCAUCGUUAAGCUGCUUGUUUGUUCCUGCGGUAUCCAGUUAAAGACACAUAUAACGAUCUGCUGUUGCUUUUUUAUACUGUAAAUGCCUUAAAUCAUAUGUUUGGCAACAAUCAUGAUUAAAGAACCUUUAUAUAUAUAUAUAUAUAUAUGCCCUUGUCAUU